AUGUCAUUUGAGAUAAAACUGCAAGAAGAAAAUAUAAAAAUAAAGAAUGAAUUGGAAGACUUAAGAAGCCAAUAUGAACAGCUUAUAGAAGAAGGAAAGAACAAAUGUUUGGAUGAAAGACGGGUCAGUUUUUUAAAGGCUCAAGUACUACAGCUGGAAAGGCAGGUGGUGCUGCUUACAGAAGGAUUAAAUUCCCGAGCUGUUCUUAUGUUGGAGUUAAACACAUCUUUAGAAGCUCUUAUUGACAAGGUUAGGUCUUUCCUUAGCACAGAAGGAACUGCAUCGAAAGUAAUCAUUCCACAUCCAGAACUUCUUCAAAUUAUUGAGAUGUGCCAGGCAAUGAGAUACAAACUGCAGAGAAAUCAGCAGGUUUCUGAUCUGUCAAAACUUGCAUUGCCUUGGACACCUGGAGGGAAUCUUGUUGUCCAGCCGAUAACCCUUUUGGAUGUUUGUUAUGGCAAAAUAGAAAAUUUAAAUCUUAGAUACGUGAGUGCUCUUGAAGGAAAACUGAGCAAGUUGUGGAGACACCUGCUUGCCAUGAGGCAAAAUCUGAGUUUCUUGCUUGCCCCAGGACAAGUGUCUUCUGAAACAGCUCAUCGGAUUCUACCAACAGUUGUUUAUGCUCGGCUGAUAAAUCAAGUAGUUAAGUGUCAUCAGGCUGUGGAGGAAUGUUGCAGUGAUUUGCUCACUUUGACACUUCUGGUACCUUCAGCUCCUUGGGAUGUUUUAGAAAAUUCUUUGAGCCAGGAGUUCACUGUGGAGAAUGUGCUUGCAAUACUUCCAGCAUUUCCCAAGGGUGCCCCUCAGCAGCGGGCUAAGAGAGCAGUAGACGCCUUUGUAAAAGCUCAGAAUUAUUCCAGGCAAAUGUCAAUGCAGCAGGUAGUCCUCAACUUAAGACCAGUCAUUUAG